GUAGUAGUGUCCGCGACGUUUACCACAGCAGAAACGUCAAUUUUCGGAGACCUGCUCGGUGGGUGUUUGGAGAAGGUAACGUUAACGUCAUGGCGUCGGGAACAGGAGAGCCGUCCACCGGUCACGAUCCAGAAUUGGACGAAUUAUUGGACAGUGCGCUGGAUGACUUUGACAAGACACCGGCCCCUCCAGCCCCUGAGCCUGCUGCUGCCUCCUCCUCAGCCAACAGUGGUGCAGAGAAGCCACCCCUGCUAGAAGACUGCAAACUCUUCGAGACUCUCUUCGAGGGGGACAUGGCUACCCAAGCCAAGGAGGAAUGGGAGAAGGCCAUGACCGAGCUGGCCCAGGAGGAGCCAGAGUUACUGCAGCACUUCCAUAAACUGUCAGAGGCUGCAGGCAAAGUUGGCACAGACACCGCCUCCCAACAAGAAUUCACUUCCUGUCUUAAAGAAACCCUCCGUGGCCUGGCCAAAAAUGCAGACAACCUGCAGACCACAGGACUAGCUGGAGACGACCUUGUCAAGGCUCUAGAAGGACUGGGAUUGGAAGAGGGUGGAGAAGGAGGUGGCGAUGAUGGAAACAUCCUGCCCAUCAUGCAGUCCAUCAUGCAGAAUCUCCUCUCUAAGGAAGUGCUUUAUCCAUCCCUUAAAGAAAUCACUGCUAAGUACCCAGAAUGGUUGGAUGCUAACAAGCCAAGCCUUAGCCCAGAGGACUACCAGCGCUACGAGCAGCAGGCCAAUAUCAUGGGAGAGAUCUGUAAGCUCUUUGAGAAGGAUGAACAGGGGCCAGGAGAUAAAGAAGGCACGUUCGAGAGCAUCAUGGACCUGAUGCAAAAGCUGCAAGACCUAGGCCAGCCACCCAAAGAGCUAGCAGGUGAUGUGCCUCCAGGCUUGAACUUUGACAUGGAGUCCCUCAACCUCCCAGGAGGCCCCGGGGCCGGGGCAGCAGAGCAGUGCUCGAUCAUGUGACGAGGUAGCUUUGGUCCAUGAGAAGAACUGGAGCCAGAGGGCCACUCUGUGUGCGUCAGCGACAGGCAAGGAAGUGAAGGAGUGUGGGCAGACCAUUUCAAGUCGAAGGUGUGUGGAUGCAGAAACAACAGGAGGAGGCAUGAGAACCAACAGGAACCACACGCACAAAGACACACUCUCUUCUGCCUAAAAUCACUGAACUCACAACUGAGAACAUUUUACCGUCUCUGCAGUAGUUUGUCAGCGUUUGCCAUAGCUCCUUAACGGUUUACUUUUAACAGCAUUCCUCUGAAAAGAAAAUACCACUGCCGUUCUCCAUGUUGUUUUUAUUAUGCUGUUUAGCCUCAUGGUAAAAUCUAUCAAACCACCUCACAGGUAUAAACAGUGCCUUUGCAAAAUGACUUUACAUUAUCAUUUUAGGUCUGAUCAGAAGGUCAAGAUUUUGCUAUAAUUCAGCUAAGCACUUAAGAUUCUAGUUUUAUGGUGUCUACCAAGUGAGUGAAAAUUAUUUGGGACUGCAUUAAACACAACUCUGUUUCAUGUACAGGAUUUAAACUAACGAGUUAAUUAUUAACAUUUAAAGGAACAAAAUUGGUGUAUAUUUGUUUAUAAUUUAAAGAAUUCUAAAAGACUAGAGAGGAUUGAACGCCUCGUGAGAAGGUCCCAGCUCCUACUGUAAUUCAGCCAGCUAAUUUAACAAGACUAUUUCCCCGAGCGUUGUCCCCCAUUCCCAGGUUUUGCUUUGAAGUGACUGAGAUAAUUAUUCCCGGAUGCCUUUGCUGUGGUUACAGUGAUCAUUAUAGUGUAGAGCUACUGUGCAAAGUGCUUCCCUUGUGAUUCCCAGAUUUUAUGUGGAGAGUGAUUUUUACUUUAUUAUUGGGUCCCUGCUAGCGAAGAAAAACACUGGAGUUGUAUUCAGGAGUGUUAACCACCUGAUAAUGUACGUAUAUACUGUACCCUCCAUUCAAAAGUACACCAUGGUCUUUCCAGAAAAACAGACGGGCAGAGUAGUAAACAUCACAUUCAGUAACACGAGGAGAGACACAUAUCUGUAAUCCAUGCAGAUUUGCUGUUUGGUAAGGCAUCAACACCUGAGGUUAGCACAUUUUAGCUGUCAGUGGUGGGUUUGUUUACUCCAGCGGCCACUUUUCACCAGCUGCUAUUGCAAGUGUGCAAAUUUUACCGCUGUGACCAUAGAGAGAGGUCUAGAAAUCACACGGCCAUCAGCUCAUCAAUAACUCUAUAAUAAAGGGGUACUGUGAAAAGACUCAGUCAGCCAUGCACUGAAAAGAGAUCAGAUCUCCAGCUGACACAACUGAGGGGUGGCUGCUGUGGAGGUCCAUAAAGGCCGGUUGCAAUCUAUUCAACUCUCAGGGCCAACGCAAUCAUGCCCAGAGAUCCGUUAACAAACUGCAACCUGAUGUUUGACACUAUUUUGGUUUGUUUUGUAAACAUGAAAUAAAAUGAGAUAAUGCAAAUAA